GCUCUCCCCCUGCUUGUUCACACACGCACCGGGCUUCAUGCUGCACACACACACACCCACCCUGUGUCUCCUCUUGACUGUCUGUGUGGACUGAGCACAUCAAAGAAGAUAAAGAAUCUUGGACAGGAUAGGAAGAAGAAUCUUUGACGGUGUGUGUGUGCGUGUGUGUGUUUGUGUGUAUGUCUGUUGGUGUGCGUGUGUGUGGGUGUUCUGGAUCCAUGUGCUUCAGAUAAAGGACAGGUCAUUUUCCGUGGGCCUCUUUUUAGGGGACUUUUGAACUAUUUUGGGGUUUUUUUGUCUUGCCAUUCAGAGGCAGAGACUUCAAAACUUUUUCUCGCUCUAGGACCUUCUCCCUCUUCUCGUGCAGGUGACGACUCACUCGACAGGAUGUCAUGGCGUCCUCAGUACCGCAGCUCCAAAUUUCGCCACGUGUUCGGUAAGGCUGCCUCCAAAGAGAGCUGCUACGAUGGUGUGCCAAUCACACGCAGCGUCCAGGACAACAACUUCUGUACUGUCAACCCUCGUUUCCUGGCGGUCAUCACUGAGUGUGCCGGGGGAGGAUCUUUCGUGGUCCUGUCCAUCCAUCAUACAGGGAAGGUGGACCCUCACCACCCCAGAGUUUCAGGCCACAGAGGAAACGUGUUGGACAUCAAAUGGAAUCCCUUCAACGACUACUGCAUCGCCUCGUGCUCCGAGGACACCACGGUGAAAGUGUGGGAGAUCCCUCCUCAUGGAGUACUGAAGAACCUGACAGUACCGUGGAAGGAGCUUCAGGGUCACAGUCGCAGGGUGGGCCUCAUCGAGUGGCACCCGACCGCUGACAACAUCCUGCUCAGCACAGCCUACGACUACCAGGUGAUGAUCUGGAACCUGGACUGUCCGGAGCAGGUGAUUAAGAACCCAGUGCGGACAAUCAGCCUUCACCCAGACGUCAUCCUCUCCAUGUCUUUCAGCACAGACGGCUGCCUGUUAGCCACCACCUGCAAGGACCGGAAGGUCCGACUCAUAGAGCUGCGUUCAGGAAACCUUCUGCAGGAAGGCAACUGUAAAACGCACAAAGCCAGCAAGGUGUUGAUGCUGGGGAACCUGAAGAUGCUGCUCACUACAGGCACGUCACGCUGGAAUCAUCGACAGAUCUCUCUGUGGGAUCAGGACGAUCUAUCUGUGCCUUUGUUACAAGAGAACCUGGAUGGUUCGUCAGGAGUCCUUUUUCCUUUCUACGACCCUGACACACACAUGCUCUACAUCGCUGGGAAGGGGGAUGGAAAUAUAAGGUACUAUGAGAUCAGUUCCGAAAAACCAUAUAUCCAGUUCCUGACAGAAUACCGCUCCAACCUACCUCAGAAAGGACUUGGUGUGAUGCCAAAGAGAGGUCUGGACGUGAGCUCCUGUGAGGUGUUCAGGUUCUACAAACUGGUGACAAUCAAGAGUUUAAUUGAGCCACUUUCCAUGAUUGUACCCCGCAGGUCGGAGUCGUACCAAGAAGACAUCUACCCAAUGACAGCUAGUAACAGGCCUGCUUUGACUGCAGAGGAGUGGCUCAGCGGCAUUGAUAAAGGCCCAGUACUGAUGUCUCUGAAGCCAGGAAGUCAGGAGGCGGAGUCGUAUCCAGAAAUGAACAAAGGGAUAGGGAACUCGCUGGACUCUCGCAGGUCUCAGAGCAGACCAGGCAUGUUACAGCUUGCGUACAUUCAGGACCAACUGGGAAACAAAGACGGCAAGGAAGACGGAGGACAAACGGAGGAGGACACCAGUCGGACACCCGUCAGAAAUGGAGAAGACCUCGCUCUCUGCUCUCCACCCAGGACGGAGAAUGAGCUGCGUUUGAGGUUCCACAAGCAGCAGGAGGAAAUCAGGCGGUUGCGGGAGCUCUUAAACCAGAGGGACGUGCGCGUCAAACAGCUGGAGCUUGAGAUUAAGAACAUCAAAAACUCGCAGUCUCAGAGCUCACUUACAGACUUACCAUGACCUGCUGAUUCACCGGCAUCACAACAUGGAAAACACCUAUUACUGUUAAAAAAAAAAAAGAGAAAAAAAGAAACCCUACUUCAAAUCACCACUCACCUCUUAGGGUCCUGACUCACUUAUCCUCUAAUAAGCAACAAAUACUCAUUGCACAGGGGAUGUCUUAACCCCGACUGUCUGUUUUUUUUUUUCAAUCUGUCGUUCUGUCCACAAGAUGCACAUGUUCUUUAUAAAUGUACAUACACUCACACACUGACUCUUGUUUUCAAACUUUGCACCUGUUGACCUUCUUUACUCAGUUUCUUUUUUUAUGCUUCACAGCUAUGCAAGUUUUAUUGUAAUUUUGAGCUUUUUCUAUUCUCUUUCUUGCUAAGAGGUAAAGAUGUUUGCAGUGUGUGUCCUCACUGGAUGAUGUGACUGUCUGAAUGUUGUUUGAGAGUUGUUGCAGGGCAGACAGACAUUCUGUGAGAUUGUAUGAUGAUGCUUAAUUUUAUUUUUUCCUCCCCCACAAUAUUUAAACUACUGUAAGCGAAGACAGUGGCUGCAGUGUUUUAAUGUAUACGUGAUUGAAUGAAAGCAAUUUUAAAUGAAUGAAAAAUAUGAUUCCCUGUUGUGUAUGUAUUUUGCUUUGAGCUGCGGUUUUGCUUUUAUUGUUAGUGAAUGACUGGAAUAUUGGGGAAAAGUCACUUUGUUUUACAGCAGCUAUAUUACUGUGCAUUCUGUCACCAAUGCAAUAUAGCACAUUUUGAUUAUAUUUUUUUUUAUUUAUUUUACAAUAAAUCAAAGAAAAUACACUUUAAUCAUUUGAGAUUGUAAUUUUGAAAAAGAACAAUAAUAUUGCUUUUUCCCAUAACGAGUCACUGUGAAGAAACAACUUAAAGCCAUUGUAGAGUCCUGCUUAGUGGGUUAGCUUGCGUUACGCUAGCUUUCAGUUCUGAAUGUGUUUCCCUGAAGAUGACUUUCUGUAAAAAUCUGAAACAUAACACAUAAGUUUCUGUUUUUGUGUUAAACUGAGAUUAUCUCAUUUUGUAUUAGAUGUUAGAUGUUAACACCACGUGUAAGUGAUAGCUUGGGCUAGCAAUAACAGGUAGGCUAUGGCAAUAUGACAAGAUGAUACAAACUUGCUACAGUUUAAGAUUUUAUACCACGGUAGCUUCGUUUCAUAGUAGCCUAUCUCUGCUGUUGUGAAAAAAUACUAAAAUUACUCAAUUCAUGGGAAUAUACAAAAACGAUCUCGAUUUUUGUAACAAAUUUAUAUUCCCAAGCAUGAACUACAACUGUUUAAUCGUUCCUUAAUAUUCCCAUAGCUCCACAGUGAAUUCAUGAUAUCAAAUCAAGGUGUCUUUCUCACCUGAUGUGUCGUUUUUAAACCGUGUUUACGAGCAGAUUAAUUUUUCUAAAUCAAUUAAACCCUUAAAGAAGAGGUUGUUUUUGUCAACUGCCCUUUCCGAGGUCAGGACUGAAAAGGAUUUUUUGAAGCCAACCAGGCGGAGAAAUCCAAGCACAGAGAAGAGGAUAUCUGUUUUGUUUUUUGACAAGAUGGACAGAGAUUCGUUGUGUGAUGUUUCAGAUUUGAAAGAAACUUUCUAUGUGAGAUUGGGGUCUUGAGAUCAUCAAUCCUAAAUGAGAACAUUUGACUUCACAGGGAAAUCAGUGAAAUUUUGAGUGGCUGUGAUCUGUUAUUGUUAUUGCAACCAAAAAGACUUAAAUAACUGUAUAUUGUACUCAAAUAACACUGAAUAGUUGGUUAUAAUUUGCCAAUAUAAAUGUGUUUUUCCUCAGGAAACUUCA